AUGGAGAUUAAUGAAUUACAUCAAUUAGCACAACUAGCAGUAAAAUAUGAUGAUAUUGGGGAUUUUGAUAAUGCAAUUAUUUAUUAUUCGAGAGCAGCAAAUCAAAUAUUUAAAUUAAUUGAAAAUAAAAAAAUACCUCAAAAAUAUAAAGAAAUUUCUUCAAAAUAUUUAAAUAGAUGUGAGGAAUUGAAAAAACAUUUAAAACCAGCUACGGAACAAAAUGAUUCUUUUUCUUUUGUCAUGAAGGCUUUGGAAUAUGACGAGAAGGGAAAUUAUAAUGAGGCUUUGAAUUUGUAUACAGAGGGGGCUGAAUUGGGGCUUUUAGAGCUUAAAAGUCCAAAUAAUCCUCAAAAAAUACAAAAAUUAAAAGAAUUAACUUCAUUAGCAAUAGAAAGAGCAGAGAAAAUUAAAUCAUCAUUAAAUACUAACAAUCAUGGUUACAAUAAUCCUUCAGCUCCAAUUUUAAGUGAUGAUGAAGAAAAAGUAGAAGAAGAAAUUAAUUUUGAUUUUUUAAAUAAAAUAUUUCCAAAGGUUCCAAUCAACGAAUUUAGUCUGGUUAGUCUAAAUAAUGAUCAGUCAACUUCACAAAUUAAACCAAAAACAGAAAAUAAAAAUAAUGGAAAACAGCAGAGACGUCGUUGGUCUGAUCAAAAAAAGAAAAAUUUUGGAGAAUUAUCUCAAAAUGAAAUUUCCGUUUUGGCAACAACUUCUCUUAUAAAUAAUCGAAAAUAUAUUCCUUUUAUUGAAGAAUGUGAUUUAAAAAAUGAAUCUUUUUUUCUUCCAAUUCCAUUUACUGACAAAGACGGACUUUUGCCGUUAUCAGAAAAACAGAAAAAAAAUUUAAAAGGAUGGCUUAGACCUAAUGAAUUUAUAAAAGAUGAACCGAAAAUAAUUGAUAAAAUUGAUUCUGGGACUAUUAAACAGACUAUAGUUUCUGAUUGUUCUUUCGUUGCUUCACUUGCAAUUGCUGCUAGAUAUGAAAGACGUUUCGGAAUUAAAUUAAUUACACACAUUAUCUAUCCACAAAACAAAAAUGGAGAUCCUUUGUAUAAUCCAUCAGGAAAAUAUAUGGUUCGAUUACAUAUAAAUGGAAUUUGGAGAAAAAUAAUAAUUGAUGAUCUGCUUCCGAUUGGAAAAAAUGGAGAAUUACUUUGUUCUUAUAGUCAAAAUCGAAGUGAACUUUGGGUUUCUCUUUUAGAGAAGGCUUAUUUAAAAGUAAUGGGUGGAUAUGAUUUUCCUGGUUCUAGCUCGAAUAUCGAUUUACAUUCACUUACCGGUUGGAUACCUGAACGUAUACCUAUUAGACCAGACGAGAAUGAAUUAUUUGAUGCUUCAAAAGUUUUUGAACGGCUUUUUACUCAUUUUCAUCAAGGUCACUGUCUAAUAACUUUGGCAACUGGACAUUUGGAUAAAAGUGAACAAGAACGGACUGGAUUAGUUGAUGCACAUGCUUAUGCUGUUUUGGAUUUAAGAAAAAUUGAUGGUAAAUGUCUUUUAUUGGUUAAAAAUCCAUGGACACAUUUGAGAUGGAAAGGGCGUUAUUCUGAAAGUGAUUCGGCAACUUGGACACCUAAACUUUGUGCCAAAUUAGAUUAUAAUCCAAAGGAUGCUCAACAAUUCGAUGAUGGAGUUUUUUGGAUUGAUUAUCCAUCUGUUUGUGCCUUUUUUGAUGUAUUUUAUGUUAAUUGGAAUCCAAAAUUGUUUCCUUUUUCUUAUGUUUUGCAUUCUUCGUGGCAUGCAGGAAUGGGGCCAAUUCGAGAUUUAUACACAAUUGCUGAAAAUCCACAAUAUUUAUUAGAAGUUAAUAAUAAACAUGGAACUGCUUCUGUUUGGAUUUUACUUACUCGUCAUAUUACUGAUAAGGAUGACUUUGCCAACAAUAAAGAAUACAUAACGAAGAAAUUUUUAGAUGAACCUAAACCAAUAUUGGAAGGAACUAGAAUAAACAGUCCUCACUACCUUUGCCAACUUAUUGUUCGUGAUCCUGGUACGAAUAAAUUUACUUUGGUUUUGGCUCAGUAUGAAAAAAUGAAAACAAUUUAUUAUAGCCUUCGUAUCUUUGUUAGUUCAGAAUUUAAAUGUGGACACAUUCCAUCUCCAUAUAAAUACCACAAAAAGGAAACGGGUAAUUGGAAGGGAGAAAUGGCUGGGGGAUGUGGAAAUGAUUCAAAUGGAGGAAAUUUUCGAUUAAAAAAUCCCCUUUUCCAUAUUGAAUUUGAAGAUGGGAGUGAUGAAAAUGAAUUUUUAAUUGACUUGAAAGGACCAAAAGAAUAUAGUGUUGGAUUAGAAUUUUGCCAAGUUUCUUCUUUUCGAAAAAAGGAUUUUGAAAGGAAAGAUUCUGGACCUUUUAGGCGAGGAUGUACAAUUUUACAAUUAGAAAAGAUUCCAGCAGGCAUUUAUUCAGUUCAGCCAAUGACUUUUCAAUCUGGUCAAGAAGGGCCUUUUAUUUUGAGUUUACACUCCUCUUGUGAUUUUAAAAUCAAAAGAAUUCAAUAA